AUGUUCUUAAAAUUGUUGAUGAGCCAAUGGAAGAGGGAGGAACAGAAAAUUUACAUGAUGAAACAGUUGUUAAAGAAAUUCCUAUCACAAAUCAUGUUAAGGAAGGAUAUGAGAAAGCAGAUCCUGCACAGUUUGAGUUGCUCAAGGUUCUGGGACAGGGAUCUUUUGGAAAGGUUUUCCUUGUUAGAAAGAAAACUGGUCCUGAUGCUGGGCAACUCUAUGCAAUGAAGGUAUUAAAGAAAGCAUCUUUAAAAGUUCGAGACAGGGUUCGAACAAAGAUGGAGAGAGAUAUACUGGUGGAAGUAAAUCAUCCAUUUAUUGUCAAAUUGCAUUAUGCCUUUCAGACGGAAGGAAAGCUGUAUUUAAUACUGGAUUUUCUCAGGGGAGGAGACGUCUUCACAAGAUUAUCUAAAGAGGUUCUGUUUACAGAGGAAGAUGUGAAAUUCUACCUUGCAGAACUGGCCCUUGCUUUGGAUCAUCUUCAUCAAUUAGGAAUUGUAUAUAGAGACCUAAAGCCUGAAAACAUUUUGCUUGAUGAAAUAGGACAUAUCAAGUUAACAGAUUUUGGACUCAGCAAGGAGUCAGUAGAUCAAGAAAAGAAGGCCUACUCUUUUUGUGGUACAGUGGAGUAUAUGGCUCCUGAAGUAGUAAAUAGGAGAGGCCAUUCUCAGAGUGCUGAUUGGUGGUCAUAUGGUGUACUUAUGUUUGAAAUGCUUACUGGUACUCUGCCAUUUCAAGGUAAAGACAGAAAUGAGACCAUGAAUAUGAUAUUAAAAGCAAAACUUGGAAUGCCUCAGUUUCUUAGUGCUGAAGCACAAAGUCUUUUACGGAUGUUAUUCAAAAGGAAUCCAGAAAAUAGAUUGGGUUCAGAGGGAGUUGAGGAAAUCAAAAAACAUCUUUUUUUUGCAAAUAUUGACUGGAAUAAAUUAUAUAAACGAGAAGUUCAACCUCCUUUCAAACCUGCUUCUGGAAAACCUGAUGAUACGUUUUGUUUUGAUCCAGAAUUUACUGCAAAAACACCUAAAGAUUCUCCCGGUUUGCCAGCCAGUGCUAAUGCUCAUCAGCUCUUCAAAGGAUUCAGCUUUGUUGCAACUUCUAUUGCUGAAGAAAAUAAAAUCACAGCUAUGACAAGUGCAAAUGUUUUGCCAUUCUUUCAGAUUAAUGGAAAUGCUGCAAAAUUUGGUGACGUAUAUGAAUUGAAAGAAGAUAUUGGUGUUGGCUCUUAUUCUGUGUGUAAACGGUGCAUUCAUACAGCUACGAACAUGGAAUUUGCAGUGAAGAUCAUUGAAAAAAGUAAGAGAGACCCUUCAGAAGAAAUUGAAAUUUUGAUGCGCUAUGGACAACAUCCCAACAUUAUUACUUUAAAAGAUGUCUAUGAUGAUGGAAGAUACGUUUUCCUUGUUACAGAUUUGAUGAAAGGAGGAGAACUACUUGACCGUAUUCUCAAACAAAAAUGUUUCUCAGAACAGGAAGCAGGUCAUGUUCUGUUUGUAAUAACUAAGACAGUUGACUACCUUCAUUGUCAAGGAGUUGUUCAUCGUGAUCUUAAGCCUAGUAAUAUUUUAUAUAUGGAUGAAUCAGCCAAUGCAGAUUCCAUUAAGAUCUGUGAUUUUGGAUUUGCAAAACAACUUCGAGGAGAAAAUGGACUUCUUUUAACUCCAUGUUAUACUGCAAACUUUGUAGCACCAGAGGUUCUUACACAACAAGGUUAUGAUGCUGCUUGUGACAUAUGGAGUUUGGGAGUCCUUUUUUACACCAUGUUGGCAGGCUAUACUCCAUUUGCUAAUGGACCCAAUGAUACUCCUGAAGAGAUUCUGCUACGUAUAGGCAAUGGAAAGUUUUCAUUGAGUGGUGGAAACUGGGACAAUAUUUCAGAUGGAGCAAAGGAUUUGCUUUCCCAUAUGCUACAUGUGGAUCCACAUCAGCGGUACACUACAGAACAAAUAUUAAAACAUUCAUGGAUAACACACAGAGAGCAUGUGUCAAAUUAUCAAUCAAAGAAGAAUGAUACAUCACAUAGUAUUAAGGGAGCUGUGGUUGCCACAUAUUCUGCACUUACUCAAAAGACCUUUCAGCCAAUUCUAGAGCCUGUUGCUGCUUCAAGCUUAGCUCAGCGACGAAGCAUGAAAAAGCAAACAUCAACUGGCCUAUAAGAGUUUCAGAACCUCUCAGCCAAACUGUAUGAAGAUAAAAUUAAAUGUGUGGUUCAUCGCCUAA